AUGGAGGAUCUUCCACAAGGUUACCGUCCUAACGUUGGUGUCUGUCUCAUCAACUCAGAUGAUCAGAUAUUUGUGGCUUCUAGAUUGAAUGUUCCAGGAGCAUGGCAAAUGCCUCAGGGUGGCAUUGAAGAUGGCGAAGAGCCCAAAUCUGCUGCAAUUAGAGAACUUCGAGAAGAAACUGGAAUAGUAUCAGCCGAGAUAAUCACUGAGGUUGGUAAAUGGUUGACAUAUGACUUCCCUCCUGCUGUGAAGGCUAAGGUCAAUCGUCUCUGGGGAGGCGAAUGGCACGGACAGGCACAGAAAUGGUUUCUCAUGAGGUUAACAAAAGAUGAAGGCGAAAUCAACUUAGCUACAGGUGAAGCAGACCCGGAAUUCGCAGAGUGGAAAUGGGCAAACCCUGAAGAAGUUAUCGAGCAGGCUGUGGACUAUAAAAGACCAACUUAUGAAGAAGUUGUAAGAACCUUCAAGCCUUACUUUCAAGGAAAUGCAACAUCGGCGAAAUGUAAAUCGACAAAGUGGUGA